GAACCAAGCCAGAAGCCCGCAACACAGCAAACAAAACCAAAACACCGGGGUCCUCCGAGUACAGUAGUCACGCGAUACGUUUUACAGCAGGAAGCCUGCCUCUACUUCGGCGAUGGGUUUUGAAUUUUAACAUCGUUAUCGCCUUUUCAGGAACUCGUUUCACAUUUCAGACGCUCGUGUUUACACAGGCGGUCAACAUAUUGCGUGUCACAUUUGGUAUUUUGCAAGCCGUGCCCUGUUAAAACGAAUUCACCGAAAUGUGAGCUCAUAACCAAGAAAUGGGCCGUUUUCAUUGUUCGUUCGCUAAUUUCUAAAUCCGCCUCAUUGUUUUUGUUUUAGGUUUUGUAGUUGACAAAUGCAAAUUUUAAUUAGUAUACUGAUGGAGGCUGAACAAUUGACGCCAUGUUUUAAGUUACAGUGUUUUAUAUUUUUCAAUGAUCACGGAGUAGGCUAAGGGUGAUAACACUGCCAACACAUCCCAACUGUAAAUGGCUGACUAAAUUAAAGUAGAAUAUUAUGGAUUUAUAAAACAACGUAGUACGCCAUUUAAUUGUCGUAACAGUAGGCGUGCAGAAACAAAUGUCUGAAACCCCCUCCUAAAUAAAUAAAUGCGAUUUGCAAUAAGGAUGCAAAAAAAGCAACUGUGUUGUAGAUCUGCUGGUUGUACAAGUAGCCUACGGCACACACGGGCCAUGAUUUGGGUUAGGUCGAAGCGGUUCACUUCACCUGUUGCGAACGCGCGCCGUGCCCGCGAUGAUUGCAGCCCGCCUGUAGGUGGAGUCAUGAAAACAUCUGGUGAUGUUGCUUCUCCGCCGCGUCCUCACAGUGGCUGAACCUGCGGGAGUCCGUCUCCCACGGUCCCUGUCUCACACCGCCCUAGGCUGAGGAGGCGGCUUGAGAGAGAGAGAGAGACAGGCGUUCUAACAAGAGGGUUUGACAAAACCGUCUGCGCGGCAGCCGAGAUUAGGCUGAACUGAAGUCACCCCGCUACAAUGAAGGAAUUACAGACCGUGUGUCAAUAAUAAACCGGAGCGAUGGGUUUCAGCUAACCAAUGCUGCACGGGGAAGGUGCCUCUCUCGCCGCCGGACCUAACAGUAUUCCAUAAAGGAAGGCACGCGCUGGGACUGAUGAAGUCAUCCCUACAAGCCCCGAGAGCCAACCCUUAGCUACCGUGUAUUCCCCCUGAUGCCUUUAUCAAAAAAGAACCCCGUCGCCAGCGAACGUCUAGAGAAGUAGGUCACCGCUUCGGAAUGUAUCUACGGAGCCCUGGGAAAAGGUGAGGAGUGGAGAGAGCUGUUUGUCAGCGCUGUCUCUUUUUGCAAGAUAAUUUAGGAACGUGGCUCUGAAUGAUGUUUAUUACCGCCGGUGUGGUAUUACGAAAGCAUGUGUCGAGUCUGCAUAAAUGAACAUUAAAUGGCAUUCAGUGCAUACAUUUAUUAGACUGUCUUUGCAGUAGAUACAUGUAGAUACAUGCAAGACAGAAUCGCUGGCAAGAAUGUUUUGAUUUCUGCGGCAGCGUGUGUUUGAAACAGUUUACAGAAACAUUGGAACAAUGUGUUCGUUCUGGAAAUUCAACAAAGUGCGUAACAAAACACCACAUGCAACCACGGAGUGCUGCGGAAGACUGGACUGAGUCAUCAUGUCAAGAUUUGCUUGGUUAGCGAUGCCGUAGGAUGGAGAGGAUGGAUAAGUUUUUGGAAAUAGCGCCUCAUUCACUGGCCAUAGUGCUGUCUCGGGUCGGCACCGAGGACUCCCCCACGGUGACCGAGACGCUGCAACAUCACACGGGCUAUGAGAUAUUCGCGGACUUCAAAGCCGAGAACAUGCAACACUUCUGGAACAAAAAGGUCACGGAUGCCAUAUCAGAGACUUUCUUUCUCGGCUGGAUUGACGAGCACGUGCUGCUCAUUCAGGGCAAAGAGGAUCACUUGGAGGUGCUGAGAGAGGGGUGGAUGCGGAGGUCGCUGAAGCCACCGCGAGGGUUUGAGAUCAAAUGCCUGGGUGAUGUGUCACCCAUCAGCAUGUCUCCGAUCAGCCAGUCGCAGUUCAUCCCGCUGGGGGAGAUCCUCUGCCUGGCCAUCUCAGCCAUGAACUCGGCACGCAAGCCCGUCACCCAGGAGGCCCUGAUGGAGCACUUAGCAACCUGUUUCCCAGGUGUUCCAACGCCGAGUCCGGAGAUCCUCCGGCACACGCUGAGCAUGCUGGUCCGGGAGAGGAAGAUCUACCCGACGCCGGAGGGGUACUUCAUCGUCACGCCCCAAACGUACUUCAUCACGCCCUCCCUCAUCCGGACCAACAGCAAGUGGUACCACCUGGACGAGCGGAUACCGGCCGACCGGCAGCAGCAGCAGUGCACCUCCCCGCAGUCCGGCACCAUCACGCCCUCCGCCUCCGGCUGCGUGCGGGACAGGCCGCACCACAAGAACCACUGCGACUCCUACAACUCCUACCGGGACGACCUGCACAGCGGCCACACCUCCACCCUCCAGAGGAAGUCUCCCAAAGAGCUGAAGGAACCCCCCUACCCGACCCCGCCUCCGGUGACCUCCCUGCACCAGGCCGCCCCCGCUGCCGCCGCCAACACGGAGAAGAGCAAGAGCACCGCUAACUUCUCCUACAAGACGGACACGCUCACCAAGCGCAAGGAAGGGGUGAGCGGCGAGAAGCAGGCCAAGAAGUUCGGCCUCAAGCUGUUCCGGCUGAGCUUCAAGAAGGACAAGGCCAAGCAGCUGGCCAACUUCUCGGCCCAGUUCCCCCCGGAGGAGUGGCCGCUCCGCGACGAGGACACGCCCGCCGCCAUUCCCCGGGAGGUGGAGAUGGAGAUCAUCCGGCGGAUCAACCCGGACCUGACGGUGGAGAACGUGAUGCGGCACACGGCGGUGAUGAAGCGGCUGGAGGAGGAGAAGGCCCAGAGAAGCAAGGCGGGGUCCUCGGCGCAGCACAGCGGCCGCAGCCGGAGGAGCCGGGGCCACCGGAAGCCGCACGGGAAGCCCCGCUCGCACAGCAAGACGCGGGCGUCCCGGGGCGACCCCUCCGAGGGCUCCAACCUGGACGCGGCGGCCGAGCGGGACUACGGCUUCCACAUGGCCGCCACCCUGGCCCGGACGACGCGGGACGGCAUGUUCUCGGUGGAGCGCAGCAGGGGGAGCUACCUGGUCCACAGCAACCCCAACAUCGUGGAGUCCCACUUCCCCGUUACGCCCGAGUGGGACGUCUCGGGGGAGCUGGCUAAGAGGCGGACGGAGAUGCCCUUCCCAGAACCCUCCCGGGGAACGUCCCACUCCAAGGUUCACCGCAGCCACAGUCACACGCAGGACCGCAAGUCGCGCAACGAGAGGUCGGACAAGGCCAAAGAGAGGUCGCGCUCCAUGGAAAACUCCAAGGGCCCGCUCGGGGGGCCCGCUUCGGCCGGGGGCACGUCCGAGGACUUCGACCACAGCCCCGACGACCGGAGCCGUUACUACACUGAUGACGGGACGCUUAGGGCUGCUAAGGCACCCCACUAUUCGCGAAUCAUGUUCUCCGCUGCUAAAUUCAACUCUGAGGUGUGCGUGCCUGACAUCGGGAAGGGGCCCCUCGAGGACCUCCGGAUCUGCAGUCCGCUUGAAAAGAACAAGAGCCGGGACAGCCUGCCGGCCUACAGCGACUUGAAGUCCUGCUCGCCGAAGGCCACGGCCGAUGACUACUUUCAGUGCAAUACGUCCAACGAAACAAUCCUCACCGCCCCUUCGCCCCUGGGAAAGACUGACCACGACACUUUGACCUCAUCGGACGGCGUCAGGAAGGGGUCUCCGUCCGACCGGAAGACCCCCCUCCUGACGUCCCCACACCCGAUGGAGUACAAAGAUGACGCAGCUAAGGGACAGAACGGUGUCAGCCCCCUGGUGGCGAGCCAGACGCCGGAGCCCAUGCCCAACGGACGUUUGAUACACCAACACAACACCGACCCUGGCGGGGGGGGCAGUGCGGACAAGCGGAAGGAAAUAUUUAGCAAAGAUACUUUGUUCAAGCCCCCCCCCAUGGCCGCCAUGGGCUACAUGGAGAGCGGUCACUCCAAGUCGGGGACGCUGCGCAAGUCCCCGCACCCCAAGUCGGCGGAGGCCCCGGACUGCCCGGAGCCGGCCCCCGCGGCGCCCACCGGCGCCUCGGCCACGCCCGGCUCCGAGGCGACCCCGGGGGCCGCCGAGGCCGCCUUCGACUACUACAACGUGUCGGACGACGACGACUCGGAGGAGGCGGCGCGGAAGGCCACGGCGGACGAGGGCAAAGUGCGGGAGGGGGGCGGGACCAUGCAGUGGCUGCUGGAGCGGGAGAAGGAGAGGGACCUGCAGCGCAAGUUUGAGAGCAACCUCACCCUCCUCAGCCCCAAGGAGGGCGAGAACAACAGCAGCCAAAAGUCUGCCCACUCGGCCCGCCUGGACAGCAUGGACAGCAGCAGCGUCACGGUGGAUAGUGGAUUUAACUCUCCACGCACACGUGAGAGCCUGGCCUCCAACACCUCGAGCAUCGUGGAGAGCAAUAGACGGCAGAACCCUGCCCUGAGCCCUGGCCACAUGGGCACCACCAGCAGCGGCCCCCCCUUCAGCUUCCGCAGCGUCGCGGAGCCCCCCACCUCGCAACCAGAGAAACUGCAGAAAUCGCCCAACUGUUUAGCUUCCAUCACGAGCGUCUGACAGCGGCUUCCCCCUCCCCCUUUCCCCCCCCGGACACGCCCACAACCCUACACUACAGCAGGACUGACUCCGCCCCCCCCUACACAGAGACUGUUUCCACGUCGCAAACAAAAAUUUUAAUGGAUAUCCUUUUGUUCCUCAUUGCGAGAUUACUACCCUCAGAUUGAGAAACUUCUUUAAAAAAAAUGAAAAAUAUUUGUCUUAUGUGACUCAAACACAAUUUUUUGUUGUUUUGUUUUUCCUUAUUUCAAAUAUUUUAGAAUUUUUUUUUUUUUUUUAAUUAAGUCUUGUCUUAGAGAAAAAUGGUAAAAAGUGAAAAUGAUCUGUUAUGGCAUUAUAAUUAAUCUGAUUUGAUUAGGAGAACUUUUUCUGUGACGGGCAAAUUUGUGGUUACAAUUUUUGGGUCUGAAAUUUUGGAUGUGAAUACACAGCUUUGGAAAGAAUAUGGAAAAAAAUAAUAGAAAAGCUAAAAGUUAGAUCCUUACUUUAAAGGCAGUGAGUAAAAUAUAUAUGGUUAUCCAAUGUCUCCCUAUUCCUGAGUAAAUUAAAACAAAGCAUUAUUUUUUGGUACACUUACCAAAAGACAUUUUCUCAUUAUAAGAUUGCUAUUUAAGAAUGUAUUUUAUUCUUCUCCUUAAGAAACAAUUCUUGUGUCCACAAGAUAUUGAGAUUUAUGUAAGAUGUAAGAAAGAUUCCUUCAAUGAGAAAUCCCUUAAUAAUGUACGAAAGUAAUUUUCUAAUGUGGAAACUGAUUAUGUGGAAAUGACCAAAUUCUUAUUUUUAUUCUUUAUUUUAGAUUUGUCCGUGUACUGUUUUAACACUCUCAUCUCCGGUUAAGUGUUUUAUUAUGGACCGAAAACCAUCUCAUAUUUCUUUUAUCCAGGUAAUAAAAUAGCAGUUGCUUGUUUGUGACCUGA